ACCAGGGGCAGACUGACCAUUUGGAAACUCGGGCACUGCCCGAGGGCCCGGGUUCAGUAGGGGGCCCCAUGAGAUGCCCCUGGUACCUUUUUUUUUCAUAGGUUUUUUUGAGUUUGGGCAAGGACACAGGCCCCAUGAUCCCCUAUUGCCCGGGGGCCGCAUGAGUUGUCAGUCCGCCCCUGGACCGAUAAAUGCAUGAAACCCAUGUUCCUUUCUGCUUCUCAAUUGGAUAUCCCCUUCUCUAAAUCAUUUUACCUGUGA